GUGAUUUGUUCAGGUGAAACCUUCGGGCAGAAUUGUUGUGCUCUAACUUUUAGCUAAGUGUUGCUGUUAAAAAUAUUAUAAUCAUUUGAAUAAAUAUAGCUAGCACGAAAUAGUGGAACCAGCUGAUCGUGAUUCGCGGCAUUGGCAUACUUUCAUCACGAAGUGUGACGGUUUGGUAGUGCCCGGUAGAAAUGGAUUGAUUUGUUAUCUGUUGCGGGAAUAUCAAGGAAACAAAACGCUUACAGACAUAGCUUCAAAUCGGCUCGUGUUGAUCAGUUAGUGACAAGGAAGCAGCUAGAGUGCAUUGGAAACUGCAAGUGACAAUUUGAUACACGUAAGUCAACCGUUUUGACACUUGUCCCCGCUAGAAGUGAAAUAGUGCUCAUCGUCCUUGAACGAAUACCAGUUCACAAAAGCAGUUAGCGAUGGACCCGGAUGAUGGGGAUCUGAUCGAUAAGCUGAUAUCGCCACUGGGAGCGUUUGGCAGUGGCAAUCAGCAGAAGGUAAUUGUACAACGAAACUCUCCGGUGCUGUUCCCCAAUGGCACACCGUUGACAAUAAACGCGACCAGUUCGUUACUGGUGCCGAACUCGGUAUCACUACCAGUCGUUCCGCAGCAAUUGUCAUUUGGAGCAACCCAGAUGGAUACAGGAUUGCCUCUGGCCACCAGUAGCAACGUAGUUGAUCCCACCUCAGUCAUCGUGCUUAACAAAGACACAACACUCCAAUCGGGAGCUAUCCCCUUCAAUGUUAUGACAGCCGAUCCACAGCAGCAAUUCAUUCAUGGUGGCAAUGUGCAGAAAUUAGUUGUCGCUUCAGGACCAGGAACAAGUGUCCCUCCCACUCAUACAGGGGUUCAAAUAGUUGCUGCAGGAUCAAUGAAGGCGCUUCAACAAAAGAUUCAAACACCCGGCUUCAAACUUCAAAUCGGCAGCACAAAUAUUAUGUCCUUGCAGCACAAGAUUAUCGCCACCGCCCCGGUCAAUCAGCAGCAACAGCAUGCACCUCCCGCCAUUGCAUUGAUACAGCCGAGUCCUCUGACGGCGGAACUGAAGCGCCUCUCUACCUCGAUUAAAAAGUUGAAACCCAUCGCCCCCAUACCGGUCAUCGCCAACUAUACCAGCACUGUUAUAAAGCCAGCUCCAGAAAGCAACGUUCAAUCGUCCUCUCCGGGGGCGUCCAGUGUGUGCCAUCAUGUACUUCCGUUUGGAACAACUAUCAAGGUCACUGCUGGGAAUGAACCCAAUCAAGGGCCUAUUGUAACCCAACAGUUGCAGCAGCAACAGCAGCCGCAGCAGCUCUUACAGCAACCACAAUCCUCUCAAGGACCAACACUAAUCAAACAGAUCCAGCCGGUUUCUCCGGCAUCUGUUGUACCGCCACAAGCUUCCACAUUUUCGCCCAACCAAAAUAAAAUGAUUAUCAACAAAAUUUUCUACAAAGCACCAGAAGUGGGCGCUCCUGGGCCAUCUACUACCACAGUGCAACCAAGGAUCAUCCCCGCGACUCCUCCACUUUCACCCGUUUCGCUACCAGAGCUGAAGCGCAAGAUAAUUAUUACGGGCCCAAGUCAUAGUGGCAGUCGUAAACGUUUACCUUCCCCACUUCAACGAACGGCGCCGAACCAGCCUGCGCCGGCACAGGUUCAGAUCGUACAGUCAGCAAGCACGGUUCCGGUGCCAGCUCCGAAAGUGACCGUCGAAAAUAUUCUGUCAACGGUGACUGCACAGGCUGACUUCUACAAUCCAAGCAGCCACGAUGAGCUUUCCGCCGUGGCACAAACUGCGGAAGAGAUAACAGUAUCCUUUGUGGAAAUGUCGAAGCAGGAUGAAUCAUCCGAAGCGGACGAGGAAGUGAAACCCGAGUCACACUGUAGCUCUCAGGUGGACGGUUCUGAAGCUGAAGUGUCAUCGACGACGACAGAGAGAAUUGUUGACGGUGCAAGCCGGGAAGAUUACGAGGAUGACAUAGAGCAGAUUGAUGCGCUGGAAAUAGAUACGUUGGAAGGCUCGCAGGAUUUUAAUCGAUCGCCAACGACAAACAGUUCUGAGAAACCGAACGACGUUGAAGAGGAAGAAGAAGAAGAUAACAGCAGCUGCAACAGCAUUCAGGAAGAAAACAGUGUCGAUGAGAUCGGAGGGAAGCGGCCGAAGACAUCUUCGAAAGAGCAGAGGGAACUGCUGCAAGAGCUUUGGAAUGAACAGAUGAAAAGUCCCAGAUUACAGAAGAGAGCCAAUUCGGACAUCCAACGAGUGAAAAGUUCUGCGCGUGCCGCGAGGCGACUAUCGGAGCCGGUCAACCAAGAGGAACAACAAAAAGAAGAGGAAGAUGUCCCGCCGAUGCCUAAACCUUUGGCGGUAAAGAAAAGAACAAGCAGAAGCUCAUUGAAUCGAAAAAGUGGUUCCACCAAAACCAUUCAUUCAUUACUGCUAUGUAACGAAAAGUUUGAGAUGGAGUCGGAUGAGAGCCGAAGCGUCAAAACGUCUGCCUCCAGCCUGCACACCAUAAGCCCUCCGAAGAAGGAGGAAUCCUCUUCUGGGUCACCUCCCGCGUAUGAUCAAGACAAACUUCAGGAAGCCAUCGAUAUGUACAAGAAGACACAAGUUGUCACCAAAGCGCAGAGUAAUCGCGAGAAAAGGCGAUCCGGCGAGUCACGGUCGAUUGUGGAUCGCGAGGAAAAGGAUGAAAAGGAGUUCAUCGAUGCAGAUUACGGUUCAACACCAUCCGACCUAAUCAAGUGGGACGAUGGCAUCGGUUACAUUCGCAGCAGCUAUCUUCAUUUUCAGUUCAAUCAGUUCGGUUUGGUGGAACCGAUGGAAUCUAAAGAAUAUCUUAAUCACGUCAAAACUAAUGUAUACGAUUCUUUGAAAGAGCCAAUAUCUGCUCGCGCUUCCGGCAAACCUGCCAGAAACAAGCGUAAAAUGCUUGCAUCAGAAUCGUCUUACCGCUGUCGGGGAUGUCGAGGCCGUGGAAACGCAAACGACUUCGCUACUCCCGAUUAUUGUUCCGUGGCUUGCAUGAAGCAAACCAAAAAUGAAUCUUUGCUAACGAGCAUCGCUCGUUCCAAGACGCUCCAGAAAAAGGGUAUCGGAUCGUCCGAGUCCGAAGUAUCCAAUAACACGCCGCUCCCCACCAGUGACGACGAUUCAUUGGGAAGUUCUUUAAAUUUCACCAAUGCCUUCAAAGAGAAGAGCAUUUUUCCGAAGAAAGAAAGUGCGUCCAAGGCUGUUGUGGAUACGCCUGCGGUGGUUAGCAGUGAACAGCCGAAUCAACCUAAAUUUGUUUGGGAAACAUAUCUAGCCAAAACACAAGGCACCCCAUCGCCUUUGAACCUGUUCGUUAACCCAUACCCAAGCGGAACGAACAAAUUCCGCUCCGGAAUGAAGCUGGAGGCAAUUGAUCCGGAGAAUAAUUCCCUCUUCUGCGUGUGUACCAUCGUCGAGGUGCGUGGCUUUCGGAUGAAGCUGAAUUUGGACGGAUAUUCGCACGAUUACGAUUUCUGGGUAAACGCGGAUUCGUUGGAUAUUUUCCCGCCGGGCUGGUGCCAGAAGACGGGACGGAUAUUGCAACCUCCAAAAGAGUAUGAAGGGGAAUUCCGGUGGAUUGAGUAUCUCACCAAGACCCACUCAAUGGCGGCUUCCCGGUAUUUGUUCACCCACUUGAAUUCGACGUCAACAGCGAACAAAUUCGAAAUCGGAAUGAGUUUGGAAGCGGACGAUUUGAAGAAAUCGGGAAAAGUGUGUGUCGCUUCAGUUACGGACAAAAUCGACAACCGAAUUUUGGUUCAUUUCGACGGCUGGGACGAACGCUAUGAUUACUGGGUUGACAUCCAUUCACCCUAUAUUCACCACAUCAAUUGGCAUCAUGACAACGGGUACGGCAUCACGCCUCCACCAGAUUGGGGCGCCGGAGACUUCGAUUGGACAAAAUAUAUGCGACAAAAAUCGCGCACUGUCGGAAAGCCUAUCAUUUCAGCUGAUAAAACUUUGUUUGUUACUCGCCAUCCGAAGGAGUUUGUUCCAGGUAUGAAACUGGAAGUGGUGGAUCGAAAGAAUCAGAUGCUAAUUCGACCAGCCACAGUAGUAGCCACCGACGGAUAUGAGAUCAAAGUUUGCUUCGACGGGUGGCCCAACUUCUACUCAUUCUGGAUCGAGGAUGACAGUUCUGAUAUCCAUCCGAUGAAUUGGUGUAAGAGAACAAAUCAUCCGAUUGAAUUCCCGCCGGAUCAUCGACCUCCUUCAAUGAAAGGUUCUUGCGAAAUUCCAUACUGUUUAGGUCAAGGCAACGCCAAAUUUUUGAGCAACCGGACCCACAUGAAGCUCGCCGAGUGCCCCUACAGAACAAACAAUUGGCUAAUGGAGGACAGGAAACGGUUGCGAAUCGAUCACUCCCAAAUCAUCACCUCCAAUGAAUCAAGCGCACAAAAGGACACCUCACAACCGGAUGUUCCACCGGUGAAAAAAAUUAAACGAGAACCGGAAGAUCAGCAGUUACCAGCUACCUCACCACAAACCACAACAGCGUCUCCAAAUCAGGCAACACUAACCCAAACCGCCGCAUCGAAGCCUAACAGCAGCAACAACAAUAACGGCUUAGAUCAACUGAUAAGGAUUGCUUUACCAGUGAUAAGUGACUUCGGGCCCCGAUUGCAGCAGUCGUACAGACUGUGGAAAAGCAGCUCUCGGAUACUGGAUCGCUGCGCCGAGGGUCUGUCCGAGUACGAUAAGAAUCCACUUCGCUGGUCGGUAGAAGAUGUGGCGUCUUAUGUGGAGCGCUUCCCCGGUUGUUCGCUCGUCGGCAAUCAAAUACGAGAUGAGCAAAUCAACGGAACCGCCUUCCUGAGUUUGACCCAGGAAGAUCUGGUUAAAUAUUUGGACGUUAAGCUGGGGCCCGCAAUAAAGCUCUACAACCGGAUCAUUAACCUGCGGCUCGAGGUGGAAAAGCAUUUUGUCAAGUUUUGAAUGACAAGAGAAUGUGCGAACAUCGAGAAGGAAAACUGUUCGAUCUGUUCUGUCGGGUAUGUGUAUGCUUAAUAGAAAUAUUUUUAUUCAAUACACCAGAUGCCAUUAGUCUCGCAACGUGGUCAGACGAAGCUACACAAUUAGCUCC